CCGCAGGAGUUGCCUCCCCUUCUCCGAAACCGACCAUCCACAACCUUCAACCGCCGAUGUAAAUAAACACUGACAGCUACAUCUUUAUCAAUAACUACCACAUCAACUGUAUUUGGAGAUCAAAUCAAAAUGACACAUUUCUGUCAUGAAAUUGAGGCAGAUGUUCAAGAAUUUAUAACAACAUACAGCUACCCCCUCCAUGAAGCUGCACGGCAGGGCAAGGCCGAUGUGGUCCGACAUCUCACUGAGGAGAAGGACUUCUUUGUGAAUCAUCAAACGUUUGAUCUGGUCACCCCACUCCAUCAUGCAUGCUUGUAUGGGAGACAGGAAGUCAUCAAGAUUCUCCUGGACAAAGGGGCCAUGGUUAACGCACGUAAUAUAGAUGGUGCCACCCCUCUCUGCGACGCUUGUUGUUAUGGUGACAUAGAGGUUGUCCAUCUGUUGUUGUCACAUGGCGCCGAUGUCAAUCCUCCGCUACUGCUGUCAUCACCGCUACACGAAGCAGUUCUUAGAGAUAAUUGGCAGUGUGCCAGUGUUCUACUCGAUGCGGGGGCUAAUCUGAAUGCGACGGACUGUCAUUACGGCACCCCGCUGCAUGUUGCUGCAUACAAGGGCAACCAGGCUUGUGCCGAGGUGCUGCUACUAGCAGGUGCCGACGUUAAUACUCGUCAGAUCCACAAGAUGCCGAUCCAUGACGUAGCCCGGCUCCAGGACUGUGAGUUUCUGUCUCUUCUCCUGGAGCAUGGAGCCAACGUGUACGCCCGCGACAACCACGGCCGGUCCCCGCGGGACUUGGUCCCCAGCAGCACCUCGCCAGCUAAACAACUCCUGCUGCACUGGGAGAUGGCUGUGAAAUCUCUACAACAUCUGUGUCGUCUGGUGGUCAGAUGUGAGCUCCACAAACAAAGAUGUCUGACACAAGUGGACCGUCUGGCUCUACCCAAGUUUCUCAAGGACUACCUCGCUUUUGAAUAGACAUCAAUAACAGGAGUAGGGGAGAUAGACGGCCAAAUUUGAAUCACAUUUAUAUCCUUGACUGUGAAGUUACAUACCAGUACAUAAAGAUUAUGUACGUCUGAACUUGCACCUCCAGGCGGUGUUCCUUUUUCCAUUGUUUUAGUUUUGGACAAAGCAAGUUUACUCAAGGCAUUUACUCAAGUCGGGCUAAAUAAACAUAUUGACCAAAAAAUUGGAAUUUAAUUCCAAAUCAAUUGAUGUUUCAUGUAUAUGUUGGUCUUUGUCCAUGUUUGUAUGUGUAUGUGUAUAUAUAUAUAUGUGUUCAACACUAAGAAAUAAAUUCACCAGCCACCCUUGUAAACAUCCUACAUACUGGCAAGAGUCCUUGGUCCUGUUAAUAAUGCUAAAUCACUAGGAUCAACACCAGAUCCUAUUGUAUGACUUAAGAUAAUCUGUCACAGGAGAUUAACUAUAGUAAUAUGAAGAAUCAGGUGUUCUUUGACUUCUUUCGAGUAGUAUAUAUUUUUCAAUUAUGCAGUAAUCCACAGUGUUCGGGAUGUAAUGCAGCAUCAGAAUAACAAACCACAUAUUGUUCAUAUGUACUGAUAUUUCUAUUUAUUUUCAACUAUUAUUUACAUACUUAUUGUACACCGCAUCUCAAUGAGCACAUGAAUGUCGUUCCAAGGAUUGCACACGGAUCCAACACACCAAUCCCUUACAUACACAUCACAUGCAUGUGUUGGUCAAUACUGACAUCCAAUAUAGUUCUUCAGGACAAUACUCCUGCUUGAGCCCAUCCAACAAGUGCUUUAUACAUGUAUGUACAAACCCUUUGAGGGGAAUAUAUACAAUCUGGUAUAUAUAAAAUAAAAACAAGUAAUGUACAAUGUUGAAUGGAAUACAGGAAACAGUUCCUUCAAUUUAUAAGAAGUGUUUGGGAAUGGCACAACAGUUGCCAUAUUUUGGCAUUAAAUAUUUCAUUUUCUACAGGGAUGAUCUUUUAGAUGUGGAUUUUGUAAAUGUAGGAUAAACAAUCCAUUGUCAUUGCUAAACAAUGGAAGUACUGUAUGAGUUGAUGAGUAUGACACCGAUAAUAUUUUUAGAUUAAUUUGUAAAGCUGUUGAAUUGUACAGCCUAACAAACUAAAAAAUUUGUGAUGAUAGAUUUACGUGAGGAGAGGUGAAUUUUAGCUUCUUCCUCUUGUUAAAGUCGCAUAUUUUUAUAAAAAAAAUAGAUUACAAUAUUUAAAAAAUUGAACAAAAUAUUAUUGGAAAAAUAGACUAGUUAGGGCUAAUUGCCCCAAUUGACAUAGUAUGAAAUCAGCAGCCAUUCACUGAUAUGUAGACACAUGAGGUAAAUGAAACUUCAGUAUGUAUCUUCAAUACAGA